AUGUAUUCUUGCGUCGGGGGAGCCGUUGAGGGCGAAGGUUUAUCUGAGACUGGGCUGGGAGUAGGUUACGGUUCGCAGGGGAUUGCGGGUGUUGCGACUCUUUGCACGAAUGUUGAUCUGGCGGUAUUUCCGAAUAAUAUUGGUGUACCGCUGAGGAACACAUCUGCGGUGAUUAUUGCGGAUACGCCUACAGCGACAGUCAAUAUACUCCCUCGUGGUGCGCUUGGCGAGCUUUGCUUUGGCGGAACCCAAAUUGGACGCAUCUUUCACUCAGACGGUCCUGGUGAAGAGAAAUUCAUUGAUCACCCCCAGUUUGGUCGACUUUGUCGGACUGGCGAUCGCGGCAGGAUACUUUCAGAUGGAACCAUAUCUCUGGCUUCCGGCCUCAAAGUACACGGGAAAGAAAUUGAUGUCGACGAGAUUGAUCGUGCUCUCCUCUCUUCGGGCAUGGUUGAAGAUUCUGUUAGUAUUGUACUGGACAACCCCAUCACUAACCAGCAGCAAUUGGCAACCAUCUGGACUCCGUCAGAAAAGGCUCGACAAUCAGCAGAUUCCGAAAAUUUGGAGGAUGUUGCCAAAGAUCUUCUUACUGAACUCACGACAAAAGUUUCAUCGACUGUCCCGUCUCUACUUAUUCCAAUGAGCGGGAUUUUGAUGACAAAGUCUCACACAGUAGACUAUGCAAGGAUAAAGCAAGAAGUUGAGCAGAUGGAUCCACAAAGACUUGCACUAUUCUCUCUCCAUCUCGAUGCGGCAAACUCCGAUGCUCCUCUGAAUGAAGUUGAGCAGAUCAUCGCUGGAACACUGUCUUCGAUAACUGGAGUGGAUUUGAAAAGCAUUGGCAGAUACAGUUCAUUCUAUAAGCUUGGACUGGACUCGCUUUCUGCAAUCUCCUUCUCACGAAAGCUGCAGGAGUCUGGACUCGAAAGACUCCCCGUAUCAACCAUUCUCCAACGCAGCUCCAUUGCUCAACUCGCUACUGUUGCAAAUAUCAUGACGAAUGGACAUGUGACCGCGCCAAUCCAAGUCGAGGAUAAGCCCAGCUCAGUUUUCGAUGAAAAUUUCCUUCGCGAAGUCAAUGAUGAAUUAAUAAGCGAAGACGUAUCUGUCAAAAGCGUCUACCCUUGUACGCCUCUGCAGGAAGCAAUGCUGGCAGCCAAAUCGGACGAUGACUCGGCAUAUUUCAACCACUUGCUUCUCCGCGUGAACACGGGAAUUGAAGGCUUGAAAUCUGCAUGGAACCACAUGUUGCAAAGGCACGAUAUUCUCCGAACUUGUUUCAGACCGACCAAUGAUAAGCGUUUCGCGUACGCGCAGAUCGUGCUCGAGAAUGCCUCUUUACCGUGGUUCUAUCUCGAAGUCUCGUCUCAGGGACUUGAUCAUGAUCUCGAAAAGAGAAAGUCUGAAUUCGAAAGUCACUCUCCUGUCAAGGACAUGCUUCCUUAUUCGUUGACUGUAUACGUGAACCUCGCUGAUAACACUGCACACCUCCUUCUGUCUAUUCACCAUGCCCUUUAUGAUGGGGAGGGAAUUGCGCAACUUCUUCAUGAGCUCCAGACUUCGCUUGCGGGUCAGGAAUUGCUAGAAACGACCCCAUUCCACAAAUUCAUUGAUUACAUGGUCUCGACAAACACGGAAAUUUCGGAUCAGUAUUGGGAUCGAUACCUAUCUGGCAUUUCACCAAGUCUUCUAUCAACCCCAGCCACAGCCCCAGCCGACGAAAAGACGCCUGACCAAUCUGCUUCCCGACAGAUCCAAGUAACCCUGAAUGGCUCAUUCACCUCAUUCAAAGACCAAUGCAAAAGUCUUUCAGUGACACCAUUGAAUGUUUUCCACGCUGCCUGGGCCAGACUCCUAUCCUUCUACGCCGGGUCAUCAGAUAUCUGUUUUGGCAAUGUCUUCAGCUGCCGAACGAUUCCCCUAGAGGGCGCAGAUCAAAUAGUUGGCCCCUGCUUCAACACUCUCCCAAUGAGAGUGAAAUUCACCUCCACCUCCACAAACGUGGACAUGAUGAAACUAUGCCAAAAGCACAACAGCGACAUUCUCCCCCACCAAUUGACUCCCCUGCGCCACAUCCAGAAGCGCACGCUACCUCCUAUCCACGGAGGUUCUAUGCUCUUCGACACAUUGGUCAUUCUCCAAACUAGGGGUACCGAUCUCGACCGUCAAUAUUGGGAACUCCUCUCCGACAAAGGGAAUAUGGGAUUCCCAUUGAUUUGCGAAGUGAUUCCCGAUGGAAUUCGCGAUACUAUUCAGAUUUCCCUUCACUAUCAGCAAUCGUAUCUCGGAAGUGAUGUUGCGGAAAGACUGGCGCGGGACUUUGUGGCUUUGGUAGAGAAUACGACUCAGUAUCCUUCUUCGCAGGCUUCUGAUAAGCGAUCUAUCGGAGACAAUGUUCCGCAGAUCUUUGAGAAGAUUAUCAAGUCCAACACCUCUCAGAUAGCGUCUCAACAGCCAAAUGUCAUCACCCGCCCUUGGUCUGAUCAGGAGGAGGCGCUGAGGGAGAUUCUUUGUCAAUAUUCUGCGGUCGAUUCGAGUUGUGUUUCUUUGCAUACGACGAUCUUUCAACUUGGGUUGGAUAGUAUCAAUGCGGUGCAGAUUUCGGGGAAAUUUCAUAAAAUGGGAUACAAGAUUUCUGCGGGUGAUAUUCUCGAGGCUGCGUCAAUUGAAAACAUCGCGUCUCUUCUCGACAAUAGCGCAAAGAACAACUUGAAGAAGGAAGACGAAUUCGACUUUGCUGCCUUCGAGAACAAGCAUCUUCACACCGUCUGCGAACAGCAUCAAAUUCCCUCUCAAUCCGUGCAAUCCCUCCGGCCCUGUACGCCCGUUCAAAAUGGAAUGCUCGCAAGCUUCACCCAUUCCAGUGGCAGUAUGUACUUCAACAUAAUGGCUUUGAAGUCCCCGGUGGCUCUAGAUCGAGUCCUACUCAAGGAAGCAUGGUCAGCCGUGAUGUCUCAGCACGAGAUGCUCAGGACUGGCUUUGUUCAAUUACAUGAUCAGCAGUAUCCGUUUGCUAUGAUUACCUAUGAGUCAGGAGUUGAGCUUCCGUGGUAUGAAACAUCCGGAGGCACAGGCACCAUUGGAACAGAGACACCCGAUGCUCAAGGAAAGCAGGUUCUUGAAAACCUUCACCAACCUACCUGGGCCGUGUCAGUUGAGUCAAGCGAAACCAUCACGACGGUUCGUUUCUCAGCACUCCAUGCAAUCUACGACGCCCAGUCAUUGACAUCGAUAUUCUCCGACGUCAUGGCAUCCUAUGAAGGCAAAAUUCUUUCAAGCCGUCCCUCAAUCACCGCAACCCUUGGACCAAUUCUUCUCGAAAGCCAUAAUCGAAACGCCGAACAAUCGCGUGAAUUCUGGCAAAGCAUCGCCCCCGAAGCCCAUCCCACCAAAAUCCCCGAUUUAAACCCUAUCCGAAUCGAAAAGAAGGACUCGGAGUUACUUGAAAGUUCCAUCCACUGCUCAUCCCCGCUGAAGGAGCUGGAAAAUUCGUGCCGUCAUAUGGGUGUGACGUUGCAAGCUGCUGGACAAGUCGCGUGGGCAAAGUUACUUUCCGCUUACACUGGAGAGAAAAAUGUGACUUUUGGCACUGUUUUGUCUGGUCGGAAUUUAUCGGCCAGUGCUCAAGAUGCUGUUUUCCCUUGUCUGGUUACUGUGCCUUCGCCUCAUCAUAUUGGUGGAACUAAUCGCGAGCUCUUGGAACGCACGUUGAAGAGAAAUGCCAAUCUGGUUAAGCAUCAGUUUACGCCAUUGGCGCAGAUUCAGAGAUGGAUUGGUAAUGAUGAGCCUCUUUUUGAUACUCUGUUUGUUUAUCAGAAGUUUGCUUCGGGUCCGACAGAUGUGCAGAAAUGGGAAGUUGUCGAUGAGGAGACGAGGAUUGAUUACCCCUUGUCGAUUGAACUGGUUCCACAUCAGACAGAUCUUGAAAUUCGAAUCAGCUACCGAAGUGACAUUGUUCCCGAAGAGCAAGCUAAAAUCCUUCUCGGUCAAUACGAUGAACUUCUAAAGCAAACCAUCUUCUCUCCUGAUUCGGAUUCGGAUGAUAAUCUGGUUCUGGGAAACACUUUACUCUCUGUUACGCCUGCCAAGGAGCAGUCACUGCCUACAUCAGUCUCUCUUCUGCAUCAAUUUGUUGAACAAAACGCUCAACGAAUCCCAGACAAAAUUGCUCUCGAAUUUGCAUUUGGUUCGAGCAUUGACAAUCUGCAAAAGAAAAUCUGGUCCUAUCGCGAAUUCAAUGAGGAUGGAAAUCGAGUUGCACACUUCCUACAGGAGAAGGGAGUCGUCCCCGGUGGCAUGAUUGCUAUUUGUUUCGAUAAAUGUCCCGAGGCCUCUAUAGCGAUUCUGGGAAUUCUCAAGGCUGGAUGCGCUUAUGUUGCCAUCGACCCUUCUGCCCCCAUCUCUCGAAAGCAGUUUAUCUUGGGAGAUUCCGAAUCCAAACUCCUCCUUUGCAAUAUGGCCAGGGAGGCUGAUCUCUCGGAGCUUGAAGGGAUUGAUAUCCAGGCACUUGACAACCCGGGAUUGUUCAAGGAUUAUUCUCCAGAGCAGCCAUCUCUCUCCCGUGAGAUCCGACCCGACGAUACGUCCUACUGCUUGUACACAUCUGGUACCACAGGAACGCCAAAGGGCUGUGAACUCACUCAUGACAAUGCCGUGCAAGCAAUGCUGGCAUUCCAAAGGCUCUUUUCCCCGCACUGGGAUGAAGAUUCCCGCUGGCUGCAAUUUGCAUCAUUCCAUUUUGACGUUAGCGUUCUUGAGCAGUACUGGAGUUGGAGCGUCGGUAUUUGUGUGACUUCCUGCCCUCGCGAUCUCCUAUUCGAGGAUUUGCCUGGCAUGAUUCAAAAGCUACAGAUCACACAUAUCGACUUAACUCCCAGUCUAGCUCGCCUGGUCCAUCCAACCGAAGUCCCAUCGCUAUGCCGAGGCGUAUUCAUUACCGGCGGAGAAGCACUGAAGCAAGAGAUUCUCGACGCAUGGGGAGAACAUGGUGUCAUUUACAAUGGAUACGGACCAACCGAGGUAACGAUUGGCUGCACGAUGCUUCCACGAAUGCGCGCCAAUGACAAGCCCACCAACAUUGGACCUCAAUUUGACAAUGUUGGAUCCUACGUCUUCCGACCUGGAACUUCGAUCCCUGUUCUACGUGGUGGUCUUGGCGAAUUGUGCGUUUCUGGACCUCUUGUUGGAAAGGGGUAUUUGAAUCGGGCAGAACUUACGGUUGAGCGAUUCCAAACGGUGCCAGAGUGGAAUGAUCGCAUUUAUCGCACUGGUGAUUUGGUGCGGAUUUUACAUGAUGGCAGUUUCCAGUUCCUUGGUCGUAUCGAUGAUCAGGUUAAGCUUCGUGGACAGAGACUUGAGAUUGGAGAAAUUAAUGAAGUCAUUAAGCAGUCGACGGCUGCUUUGAAUGAAGUUGCCACUUUGGUGGUUAAGCAUCCGAAUCAAUCGAAGGAUCAACUGGUUUCUUUCGUCACCAAGGUUAUUGCUACUGACGAGGAUAAAAAAUCACAGAGUGUGGAGGUUCUUUCGCUUUCUUCUGGCGGGGAUCGUGAAUUCUUGUCCGUUGUUAAAACUGCUUGUCACACGCAUCUUCCGGGGUAUAUGGUGCCGACGCAUAUCAUUCCGAUGUCUCGCUUCCCCUUGUCGGCAAAUAAUAAGGCCGACAUGAAGGUUUUGAAGGGUAUCUAUCAAGAACUUUCUCUGGAAGAUAUUCAGAGUCUGAAUGCGAUGACUGUUGAUCGGACUAGGAAGAGUUUACAAGAGGAGAAGAUUAUCUCGAUUUUGGCAGAGUUCAUUGGGUCUAAUGACUCGGAGUCGACUAUCUCGUCUUGGUCAAGCAUUUACGAGUUGGGUCUUGAUUCUAUCUCUGUUUUGUCAUUCGCCAGAAGUUUGAGGGAGGCGGGCUUUCCUCAAGCACAGCCGUCUUUGAUUAUGAAGCGUAAGUUGAAUUUCCCCGACUCGGAGCCCCCAGGCUGUGGAUAUAUAUUUCUAACUCUCAUCUCCUUACCAGAUCCCACGGUUUCCGGAUUAGCAACAGCCCUCGAGGAAUCAAAAUCUCCGUCCACAUCAUUUGAUAGUCUUCACAGACAUGCAAAGCAAGCCAUGGAAGCCUUUGCUCACAAAAAUUCCCACUCUGUCAUCGAAAGCAUUGGUGUGUCGGAUGGGGAUGUUGAGCAAAUUGCCCCUUGCACCCCGCUCCAGGAAGGCAUUAUAUAUCAUUUCCUGUCGAGCCCCACACCACUCUACUGCUCUUCGUUUAUAUUCGAACUCAACGCCUCUGUGGACCUGGAAAGACUCCAGGCUGCCUGGACACAAGCACAAAGUGAAGUCCAAGUACUACGAACACGGUUCUCACCAUCACCCGACGGCUAUGCUCAGAUUGUGUUGAAGAAGGAUGCACUCCCUUGGUUCCACAAGGAGGUGGAAUCGGACGAGGGUAUUGAAAAUGUUCGCAAACAAGAACUCCAGCGAUGGAUUGCUGGACUUGAUAGUCUCAUGACCCAGUUGUGGGAAGUUGGGGUGAUUACUUCGCCUGGAAGUCGACUUUUGUGUCUCAACAUAUUCCAUGCUCUCUAUGAUGGAAAUAGUCUCAGGCUACUUCUCGAACUUGUUUCGCGGAUAUACCUAGACGAAGACAAGGGUUCCGAAAAACCGCCCAACUUCCUCGAUGUGCUUCACUUGGGCCCUCUUUGCAAAGACCCCUCUGAAGAAAAGUUUUGGAAAGACCAUCUUGCAGGUUAUUCGCACAGGUCCUUGCCUAGAUCGAACGAUACCGAGGUCAGCGUGGAGUCCACUGUCCAAAUCAUUCAAAUUGAUGGGACCGAGUCUCUCGAUCAUCUGCGAAAAUCGCUCAACGUUACAGAACAAGCCAUUCUUCACGCUUGCUGGCUAUUAACGAUCUACGACCAUUACUCAUUCGUGCCAUCAUUGGGAAUCAUCGCUUCUGGUCGAACGAUUGAUGUAGCGGGUGUUACCGAUAUCAUUGGUCCCCUGUUCAACACCAUCCCGAGCAAUGUACAGCUGCGUGGUUUGAAAUCGUGGUCAGAAGUCGCUCAGCGAUGCCAUGAGUACCACGCUUCGACAAUUCCCUUCCAAUACACUGCCUUGCGAGAUAUAGUGAGGUGGCUUGGACAGAAUCCCGACGAGCCACUUUUCGAAUCACUGUUCGUCUUCCAGAGAGACAACGCCGAGGGUGAGUCCUCAACUAGCAAGCUCUGGAACGCACAGGAUGGCGAAGCCCGGCAUGAGUACCCCUUGGCAUUCGAAAUUGCGCGCAAUGGCAAUCAAUCACUCACCGCAACACUUGCUGCCAAGGGUGACAUCUUGUCUUCAGAGGCAGCGAAGAAAAUGCUUUUGCAUUUCCAGAACGUUCUGUCCGACUUUGCUCAGCAUCCAGACACAGAGCUGCCCUACAUCAACGGUAUCGCAGAGGAGAGACCGCUACUGACAAACGGCCACAAUGACCAUUCCCAAGAGCCGGCUGCAAAGUACGAAGAUCCAUCAUUUAACUGGACUUCUCAGGCCUCCACAAUCCGCGAUGUUAUCGCAAACUUGGCCGGAGUUGAAGUGCAGUCCAUCAAUCCCGGGACAUCGAUCUUCGAAGUUGGACUCGACAGUAUCGACGCAAUCAAACUAUCCUCUCGACUAAGCAAACAUGGAAUCAGACUACCAGUCAGUUCCAUCAUGCGACACCGUAAUGUCAAGGCAAUGUCGGCACAGCUCUCUGUGGAAGAUAUCCCCGAGCAGAACGGCUCAUACCCGAAACUGACUCAAAUGACCAAUACCUUGACCGAGUUCCUCGAAAAGGAAAAUCUUGUCCCUCAAGGCACCAGUCAGAUUCUCCCUGCUACACCAAUCCAAGAAGCCAUGAUAGCAGAGAUGACUGCCUCAGAAUUUCAACAUUACUACAACCAUGAGAUCCUUCAGCUGGAGCCAAAUGUGGACCUGACGAGACUCCGCGAAGCCUGGAGAGCAGUCGUCAAGUCUCACCCUAUUCUUCGAACUUCCUUCGUUGAAGUCUGGGAUCCGAAAAUACCCGCGUCAUACGCCCAGAUCGUGUAUGGAGAGGAUGCGUUUGAUUUCAGAAUCGUGGAUUUAAAUGGGAAACCUGUUGAGUCGAUCAUCGAGGCUCAGCGCGUAAGAGCUAUGAACCAGCUCUCAAAUUCCCCACUGCUAAGUCUGACUGCGGCCAUGGAUGGAGAUAAUACUUAUCUCGUUCUGUCGAUUUCUCACGCCCUCUAUGACGGGUGGUCGAUCAAUUUGCUUCACGAGGACGUUGCCCGCUCUUAUAAGGGUGAAAACUGCACGCGACCUCGUCCCGACGCUAUUCUGGAGCAGAUACUUGAAUCGUCAGGGGAGCGAUCGCUCAAUUUCUGGAGAGCAACGUUGUCAAACUGCACGCCGGUUUCUUUCCCAGCUGGAAAGAAUUCAGAGAAGGAUUCAAGCAUGGUUCAUCGUGCGGAGAAGCCAUUAGCUAUCUCAUUCGACUCGGCCGAAACAUUUUGCCGACGCCAUGGUAUCACCAUGCAAGCACUUCUCGUCAGCUGUUGGUCCCUUGUCCUGGCUACUCAUGUCAAGCAGCUAGAUGUUAUCUUCGGCCUCGUCCUCUCUGGUCGGAACGUGGCUGAUUCUGAAAAUGUCAUGUUUCCCACGAUGAACACGGUUGCAAUGCGUGUCAUUUUACAUGGUUCGCGGCUGGAAUUGGUGAAAUAUGUCCAAGAGACUCUAUUGGAGAUGUCGGAGCAUCAGCAUUUCCCGCUUCGACGCGCAAGACCGGAUGCGCGGGCGCAGAAUCUUUUCGAUACCUUGUUCAUUUAUCAGAAGAGACCUGCCGAGGAGGAGAAGUCAGGAGAAGGAGAGGGAGAGGCUUUGUAUAAGUCUAUGGGGGGUGCGUCUGAUGUGGAAUAUCCUGUUUGUGUGGAGGUUGAGGGUGUUGAGAAGGAGCUUGUUGGCCGGUUGGCCUGCCGGGGCAGUGUUUUGGGUGAAGAGGAUACAUUGGUGUUAUUGGAGCACAUGUCCCAUGUGCUGUCGUCGAUUAUUAACGAGGAGUCGAAGCAGACUGUUGAAUUUACUGACGAUGCGAUGGAUAUCUGUGGUCAUUCUGUUGUUCAAGAUGUGGACGUUUCCAAGCUGGGCAUUCAGAAUGGAGUCCCAGCCCAGACAAAUGGUCACAGUCACACAGAGUGGUUGCCCAUCGAGUCUACCAUCCGCAACGUUCUCUCAAUCGUGUCUGGCGUGCCGGAAGACGCGAUUCACAAAACAGACAAUAUCUUCCAACUCGGAUUGGACAGUAUUAGUGCGAUCAAGGUGGCUGCACUCCUCAAGAAACAAUCCGUCCGACUCGCUGUCAGCGAUAUGAUCAGAGAAGGCACCAUCGAGAAGAUGGCACACACAGCGACAUCUAAUAACGGCCAGACAGAGCUCACCGAAAAACAAAUCUCAAAUGCUCUGACUGAAUCAUUGGCCGGGAUUGACCUUGUCUCAUUAGUCAAGCCUUACGACAUCGAUCCCCAACGAAUCCAGAAAGCCAUGCCUGCAACUUCUGGCCAGUCUUACUUCCUGUCAAUGCACAGUUUGAAUCCUGAGGUCUUCUAUCCUGCAUUUUACUACCUGGCUUCGUCACAAUUGAGCCAGGAGAUUCUCGAAAACGCAUGGACUUGUCUCACGGCGGAAAUGCCAAUUCUCCGCACGGCUUUUAUCCCGAACAGCACCAGCGCCAGCGCCAACCGAGGAUCUCCUCCUUAUAUCCAAGUUAUUCUUGAAUCCGAAUCAACGCAGAAUCCCGUCAUCUGGCACGAGAAUUUCAACGACCUCACGCCGUCGGCGCUUAUCAAACAGGAACGGGGCUUCGGUUCAGUUCCCGCCACGCUGCGUGCUUGUCAAAGAUCAGAGGGAACAGCUCUGAUGCUGCACAUCCACCACGCACUCUAUGACGCCGUUAGCCUGCCAUUCACUAUGGAAAAACUCUCCCAGCUUUGCGGGGCUGCGACAGACUCAGUCACGCCCGAAUCGAAAUUGAAAUCCAAAUCUGACGGAGAUCUCUCGCGCCUCGUGGCACUGCAGCAAAUCCAUUCACCCGUUGAAGACCGUCGACGAUUCUGGCAGCGGUACCUGGGCCAAAUCUCAAUUCGUCAGAAUGCAGAGCAACCAUUGGCCAAGGCCAAGGGUAGCUUCGGAACAAUCCAGCAAUUCUAUCGACCCGGUCUAGUUCCAAACAUGGCCAGUAUCGAACUAGCCGCCAAACGCCGGGGCCUUAGUAUCCAAUCAAUCAUUUUAGCGCUCUAUGCUCGCGUGCAUGCGCGGGUUCUCGCAGGGGAAGAUAACACUCCGCUAGUGGUUGGAUUGUAUCUUGCCAAUCGGUCGCAUGUCAUGGAUGGAUUGUCUGAGUUGAUGGCGCCGACGCUGAAUAUCGUGCCAUUGAUUCUGGAUACGGAUGGGAAGGAUUCAUUAUUUGUCGCUGCGAGAAAGAUCCAGGACGAUAUUAAUAAGAUCAGUCGAGUUGAAUAUGUCGGUGUUUCUCUUGCUGAGAUUGCUGAGUGGACUGGGGUUUGCGUUGAUGUUUGUGUUAACUUUUUGCGACUGCCGGAGUCGGAGGAUGAGCCUGUGAACAUCAACAACGGGGUCAAUGGGGUGCAGGUGCAGUUCAAGUCGAUACAGCGCGAAGACCUGGCAAACGAAAGCUCUAGUGCCGCCUACGCCCACGCCCACGCCCAGACCAACGGGUUUCAGAAGACCAGUACCAAGAUCAACGGUGACAGUGACACAACCGGUUCAAUUCCGAACCAAAGGAUUCCCGUGCCGGCGGCUAUCGAAGACAUCUUCAUGCCUACGAUCGACGUGGAAGCAGCUGUGCGUGAUGGACAGUUGGACUUUGGACUUUUCGCCUCCGCUACGCGUUUGGAUGGGGUUGAUGCUGAGAGGGUUAUUGAGGGGGUGCGAGAGGGGAUGGGGUUCUUGAUGGAGGAGUGA